GCAAGAUGGAUCUACGGUGGAUCCUGCCCUCCCUGUGGCUUCUCCUGCUUGGGGGGCCUGCCUGCCUGAAGACCCAGGAACACCCCAGCUGCCCGGGACCCAGGGAACUGGAAGCCAGCAAAGUUGUCCUCCUGCCCAGUUGUCCCGGAGCUCCAGGAAGUCCUGGGGAGAAGGGAGCCCCAGGUCCUCAAGGGGCCACGACAAAGGAGCAAGGAACCUACUCUGUGCCAGCUCCAGGCUGGGCACCCGGCAUCCUAAGAUCAACUCUGCCAGGGCCACCUGGACCACCAGGCAAGAUGGGCCCCAAGGGUGAGCCAGGAGAUCCAGUGAACCUGCUCCGGUGCCAGGAAGGCCCCAGAAACUGCCAGGAGCUGUUGAGCCAGGGCGCCACCUUGAGCGGCUGGUACCAUCUGUGCCUACCUGAGGGCAGGGCCCUCCCAGUCUUUUGUGACAUGGACACCGAGGGGGGUGGCUGGCUGGUGUUUCAGAGGCGCCAGGAUGGUUCUGUGGAUUUCUUCCGCUCUUGGUCCUCCUACAGAGCAGGUUUUGGGAACCAAGAGUCUGAAUUCUGGCUGGGAAAUGAGAAUUUGCACCAGCUUACUCUCCAGGGUAACUGGGAGCUGCGGGUAGAGCUGGAAGACUUUAAUGGCAACUGUACUUUCGCCCACUAUGCGACCUUCCGCCUCCUCGGUGAGGUAGACCACUACCAGCUGGCACUGGGCAAGUUCUCAGAGGGCACUGCAGGGGAUUCCCUGAGCCACCACAGUGGGAGGCCCUUUACCACCUAUGACGCUGACCACGAUUCAAGCAACAGCAACUGUGCAGUGAUUGUCCACGGUGCCUGGUGGUAUGCAUCCUGUUACCGAUCAAAUCUCAAUGGUCGCUAUGCAGUGUCUGAGGCUGCCGCCCACAAAUAUGGCAUUGACUGGGCCUCAGGCCGUGGUGUGGGCCACCCCUACCGCAGGGUUCAGAUGAUGCUUCGAUAGGGCACUCUGGCAGCCAGUGCCCUUAUCUCUCCUGUACAGCUUCCGGAUCGUCAGCCACCUUGCCUUUGCCAACCACCUCUGCUUGCCUGCCCACAUUUAAAAAUAAAAUCAUUUUAGCCCUUUCAA